UUCUGGUCUACCGUGUCCAUCCAACAUUGAUUGCACGAUCGUUAGCAUAUUGCAGGUGCUCAGCGUAUCUCGAUUCCAGUAGCGCAUCGUCCAGGCUUGCUGCAAACAGUUAGGGUUGGUACAACCCAGCAAUCCAUGGACUUUUUCAAUCUUGCCUUCUCGUCGUCGAUAAGGUCUUGAAUGAGGUCGUUCUUUGAAUUUUUUCUCCACAAACUCAGAUGAGGAACAGCGAGGGCAAACAGAUGAGGUCUUGUACUCGUCGAGAAGGAAACAAUCAAUGCGGUUGCGCUUAAAGAGGGUGCGCCAGCCUUUUGUCUUUGAUGAGGUCUGAAAUCUUGCAGUUCGACCGGCGUCGCUCCAAUCACCCAUUACAACAGAGUGCCAUUUCCAUCGAGUAUGAGCAGGAUGCGAAUAGAAGUCCUUGCGGCGGUUCCAGUCGACACGACGGACGAGGAGGUAGCGGAGGAAAUCCAUGAGGUUCAUCGUCUUGUGAGAUGGUAUUCGCGAUUCUAUAAGGUCCAUUCCCGCUUCCUUCUUCAUCCACUGCCGUUCCUUUUGCUGCCGACGGCUUCCAGUCUCCUUGCAGCGUUGAUUGGCGGUGUAACGGAAGAUGGUGCCCUUGUUGUCUUGGCAGUAGAGAACGUCGCGCUUGUUUGGGUCGAUAACGACGACGUUCUCUGCUGCUCGACAAGCAGGCAAGUUUUUUUCCACAUAUACUGCCUUCACCUCAGCUGCUAGAGUCUUUGCCGACUUCUUCUUUCCUCCGCGCUUUCCGUACUUGUCGGCGUCAGGGUGUUUCAAAUACACAGACACCGAGGUUCCGUCCGUCGUGAUCGAGCCUUCAAACUGCAUACCGCCGCCGCGGCGAGACCGAAAAGCCUUCGUGCGUAGAUUGCAGACGCGCAACCACAGAUCAUCCUUUUCGACCGCUUCUGCCUCUCUGCGAAAAAUGCAAAGAAUGUGGGUGUAGAGAAUGACGGUGUCAAUCCGGACAUGGCUUUGAAUGAGAGACCGGCGAAGAGGUAUCGCGCUGAACCGUCGGAAGCCAUGUCGUUCAUACAGCCCAGAGAGUUUGCAGUACGCAGGAAAAAAUGACAUCGGAUCAGCAACAAUGGCGUAGGCAAGGGGAUUGUCGGGAAGGAAUGGGAGAUCCAAUGACCAGAUCUCUUCUAGAAGUUCACUCUCUUCAGCAGUCAAAUCAUCGAGCGACUCAGGCACGAUAUCAAAAAGGAAAAUUGACUUCAAGUAGCGAAGACGAGCAAAGAAAGCGUUUCGCGCAUCGCUUUUCAGUGGUAGUCGCUGCUUCUGUCCCUUCAGAUCAAGCCGCAGAUUAAUGUACCGGAGCAGCAUCAUCAUGAAGUGUUCCUGGACAUUGACCUUCAGAUUCGUCAUCAUACUCGCUGUCAGGUAAUUGACUGAUUGUUGCUCGCCUCGCAGGUUUGGAUGAGAAAAAUCAACGAUGCGGCAGUACCGUCGAACAUAUGGCCACAAGCAUUCACGUAACGCCUUCUUCGCAUCAGUUUUUGGUUGCCACGAUUCACCUUUGUUGAGAAGAUAGAGGAUGACUUCAAUCGUCUCUUGAUUUACCGUGGGAAAAGCUGGUGCUGAUGAAAGGAGAUAGAAUUUCAGUGCGUGGGAAGCAUGGUUGGCGAGUUGAUGGAUGAUGGCAAUGUAAUCUAGAAGCCGUUGGCGGGAGAUCUCGUUUGGCAGGAAAGCUU